GCCCGCAGGCGCACGCAAAGGCAGUUCGUUCUCGGUUGCGGCAGCGCGGCAGCGUUGGGGGACAACUGACAGGACGACGGGAGGAGGGAACUGGAACUAGGAACAUGAUCCAUCUCGACUGCUGCUGUCGCCAAUACUGCUGCUUGCAUCUACUUACCAUUUACGUCUGCGCCUCUGUGGCUCUGAGUUCGAAGAAGGUCGGUAAUCCAAGAGCCCAACAGUCAGGUUCUUCCCUUUUCCUACCUAUCGUGCCUGCCUGCCUCCCUCCGAUAUAUGGCAUGGUGAUAGGUACCUUCCCGUACCACGGUCAUGGUACCUACCCGUCAGAGUUGACCAAAGUACGAAAUACUUGUAGCUCAAUGCUAAGGAAUGGGUGUACUAGAUACAUUGCCCACCCACCCCAACUUCUCUCAGGCGGCUUCUCACCAGCCCUUGUACACAGACGGACAUACAUCUCAAGCCACACCCCAUGCGCGCGCGCACAUACACACACGGUUUCUCACUCUUCCCCUCCCUAACUCCGUCUUGGCAUUCUCUGAGUUACGCCACGCUCUGUUGAUACAUGUUUGGAUUAUCUCGAUAGUUGCGGCUUGUUGAGCGCCACACUGAUGGAACCAAUAUUGGGUCAUAAAAAAUAAAAACGUGCAUUGUUGCUGCUGCUGUUAGCUCGGGAUAUCAUAAAAAAG